GUCGCGCAUGGGGCCAAACGCCAUAUAUUGUCUUACAAAGUUUCAGCUAAGUCCUGUUUUCUACUUACUGGCAACCCAUGUCCCGAAUUGCUACUUCCAGUAAGCAUACUAAUUACGGAAACGUUGCCCCCCUAUGUAUUUGCACCUAGGAACCGAAUCAGUCCGAGAUACAUGCAUGACUGAGGCGGUAGGUACCUCUAUGAGAGUGAUCUUGGUUGCUAUGUCGACUCAAUCUUCUUGUAAAGAGAGGUGCGGCGGAGUUUUGAGGAAGCCCCCAAAAGGAAGUGAGAGUGACACGGGAAAUCGAAAUUUGAUGCUUAUAAUGCCCCAAUAUCCCAAUUUCCCACUCUUGAUUCAUUCUCAGGCCGAGAAACGGAAGUUCACAAGAUGUUUGAUUCACAAGACAGUACAGCGGAGCCUAUCGCCAUCAUUGGCAGCAGUUGCCGGUUUCCUGGCGGCUCCAAUUCUCCAAGGAAAUUAUGGGAGCUCUUGGAACAACCUGUCGACCUUCUAACGCAAAUCCCACAUACCCGAUUCAACCCCACAGCAUUCUAUCAUGAGAGUGCGGAAAAUCCUGGUACAACAAACGUAACGAAAGCAUACCUCCUUCAGGAGGACCCAUGGGCCUUUGAUAAUGACUUCUUCAAUAUCAGCCCUCGAGAGGCCGAAUCAAUGGACCCCCAGCAACGUAUAAUACUAGAAACGGUCUACGAAUGUAUAGAGUCUGCUGGGUACUCAAUGUCGCAACUCAGGGGUUCAUCGACCGGCGUAUUUGUGGGUCAAAUGUCGGAUGACUAUCGUGAUCUCGUACUGCGUGAUAUGGAUUCCCACUCGCGGUAUGCAGGGACAGGUAUUGCCCGUUCAAUGUUAGCCAACCGUGUGUCUUAUGCCUUCGAUUGGAAGGGGCCUUCCGUCAAUGUAGACACGGCCUGUUCCUCCAGUCUUGUUGCCCUGCACCAAGCAAUUCAAUCUCUUAGGAGUGGAGAGUCUGAGAUGGCCGUAGUUGCUGGAGUGAAUUUAGUCUUUAGCCCUGAGUUAUUCAGCCUCUUGUCUAGUCUAAACAUGCUUUCCCCAACUGGGCGCUCACGCAUGUGGGAUACCAAUGCCGACGGAUAUGCCCGUGGUGAAGGCUUUGCUGCUGUCAUUAUCAAGACAUUAAAGAAGUCACAAGCCGACCAUGACUCGAUAGAAAGCAUCAUACGGAACACAGGUGUUAACCAAGACGGCCGCUCGACAGGCCUCACCGUACCUAGCGCGACCGCUCAAGCCCAGCUCAUUGCGUCAACGUAUGCAGGGUGUGGACUAGACUGUCAGACUGAGAGUGGCCGUUGCCAAUAUUUCGAAGCUCAUGGCACAGGCACUCCGACUGGAGAUCCAAAAGAAGCAGAGGGAAUCAGCACUGCAUUUUUCCCUAACAUUCGCCGUGGAAACCUCAGCAACCAGUCAGCGGAAGUGCCCAACCAUACGAAACUCCAUGUUGGCUCCGUAAAGACCGUUAUAGGUCAUCUCGAAGGUACAGCUGGACUCGCGAGCCUUCUCAAGGCCUCACAGGCCGUACAGCACGGAUUGAUACCACCAAACCUUCAUUUCCACCAGCUUAACCCAGAAGUAGAGCCGUUCUAUCACCACUUAGAAGUGCCAACAAAAUUGAAACCUUGGCCUAAGCUUCCGACUGGAACACCUAGAAGAGCCAGUGUCAACAGUUUUGGAUUUGGAGGUACCAAUGCCCAUGUUAUAAUUGAAAGCUGGGAUGAUUCUUCCAAGACCGAAAAGUCUCAUUAUUUAUCACCUUGUUGGGGACCAUUUGUUAUGUCCGCUAAAUCCGAGACGGCUCUCGUGGCUACCGUCGCGUCUCUAUCGUCAGCACUCAAAAAUCAAGAUGACAUUGAUCUUUCAAGGCUGGCGUGGACCUUACAAACACGACGAACACAAUUCACAUACAGGGCUUCAUUCUCGGCCACAAAUAAAGAAGAACUCAUCAAAGCGCUAGACUUUGCCAUAGCACAUAAUGGACAGUCUUCUAUAGUUACCAGGGCAACCAAGACCCCCAAAGCUCGUAUAUUAGGUAUAUUCACGGGGCAAGGUGCCCAGUGGGCUACUAUGGGUGCAACUUUAUUCGAACACUCUGCGUUCUUUAGACGCACUUUUGAGAAACUCGAGUCAACUCUUAAGGGUAUUCCAUAUGGUCCAACUUGGUCUCUUACCGAGGAAUUACUGAGAAAAGAUGAUCCGACACGAAUUGAAUCUGCUGAGAUCUCACAGCCUCUUUGCACGGCAGUUCAGGUUGCUUUAGUCGAUUUACUUAACGAAUGCGGCGUAACGUUCAGUGCUGUCGUUGGCCAUUCAUCAGGGGAGAUUGCAGCCGCGUAUGCAGCCGGUAUCCUUGAGCCCACAGACGCUGUCUUGAUUGCCUUCUAUAGGGGAUAUCACUGUCACCAAAAGCAGCGUACCAACGGGAUGCCCGGUAAGAUGAUGGCUGUGGGUAUGGCACCUGAAUAUGCGGAAGCUUUUUGCCAACAGCCCAACCUCCUGGGUAGGAUCAUGGUAGCUGCGAAGAAUUCUACCUCUAGUUUCACGUUCUCGGGAGAUGCUAAAGCUAUUGUUGAAGCCAAAGCAAUUCUAGACGAGAAAGGCGUAUUUGCUAGGAUACUGAAGGUUGACAAUGCAUACCACUCCCAUCAUAUGGAUUCUAUUCGAAAACCUUACCUUGAAUCGCUAAGAAAGGCCGGUAUCAAACCCAGAAGAAAUUGUUUCGAAGGUGAUUGCAACUGGUACUCGAGUGUAUACGACACGGAGGAUGACAGGGGUAUGACUACCACCACCCCUUUCGAGGAUAUAUACUGGGCCGACAACUUGACAGGCCCUGUGAUGUUUUCUCAAGCAAUAACUUCGGCUAUGCAGAGGAAUAAAUUUGAUCUAGCUCUCGAAAUUGGACCACACCCAGCAUUGCGAGGGCCUGCCACUGAGACCAUCAAACAUGUCUCGGGCAGUGACCUCCCAUACCACGGCGUACUGGAGAGGAACAAAGACGCCCUUGACACAUUUUCGAGUGCGCUCGGCUUUAUUUGGAGGAAUAUCGAUUUGCCGAAGACAUACAUUAACUUUGCAGCAUUCCGAGAAGCCUGCGAUGGACCGGAUUUCGUAAUACCACGUGUUGAAAAAAGCAUCCCACCAUACCCGUGGGACCAUGGCAAGCCCAUGCUGAAGGAAUCUCGAAAAUCAAAGGUAUGGCGCACGCGCAACACUCCAACACACGAGCUUUUAGGUUAUGCAAUACCUAGUGAAAAUGGCCGGAAGGUCCAUUGGCGUAACGUCCUCAAACUUAGCGAUGUAGACUGGCUACAGGGGCAUCAAUUCCAAAAUCAGGUCCUAUUUCCAGCAGCUGGCUAUCUGGUAAUGGCUGUGGCCGCCUCACUUCAUCUCACUGGGAAUGGCCGGUCAGUCCAAUUAGUCGAACUGCAAGAUGUCAUUAUACAUAACGGAAUUGUGUUGGAAGAGGAUUCUCCAGGAGUUGACAUUGACUUUGUUAUACACCUACUAGAUGAGAACCCAAAGGAGCAAGUGGCUGAGUUCUGUUGUACUUGCAGUAAUGUUGAUGCAGCAUCUCCUGAGUUUGACCACAAGAUUUUCACAGGCAGAGUUGUCAUCAAGCUAGGACUUCACGAACGCGAUGCGUUGCCAAGCAGGGUAGAUCCUAAGUUACCUAUGGCGGAUGUUACCGUCGACCGCUUCUACUCAUGGAUGCAGAAGGUCGGUUUUCGGUAUUCGGAGCCCUUUUUACUUGAAUCGAUCACAAGACGGCUGAACCUGGCGACUGUUACCACGAUGCGUACUGUUACGAGCAAGUACACAAUUCACCCGGGACCGUUGGAUAGCAUAUUUCAAGGCCUGUAUGCUGCAUUUUCGUACGCUGGUGAUGGGCGAGUCUGGACCACCUACCUCCCAAAGAGCUUUCGGCGAGUCCGCUUCAACAUAACCAACGACAGGCAUGCGGAUAACCGCUCAGUUUCGCAAUUAGUCGCCGACUGUCACCUCACGAAGUCGUCGGCGCGUGUUAUAUGUGGCGAUAUCGACGUAUUUCGUGGGGAGGACGGCCAAGCUGAAAUCCAGGCCCAGGGCGUCGUUCUUUCGUCUCUAGAAGUCCCUUCUGAAGAUAACGAUCGUAGCAUGUUCUGGCAAACAAGCUGGAAGAGAGAUCCACUAUCCGAUCUCUUGCCAACUGACGAAUCGGAUACGCAGGUAUCAUCUACGGCUGAUCACGAGCUACAUGAAAUAUGCGAGAGGACUGCAUAUUACUACCUCAAUAGGGUUUGUUCGGAGGUUGGCCAGCAAGAGAUAGAGUCAAUGGAAUCGCAUUUUCAAUGUCUCAUGCAUUGGGCCCUCGACUGUGUCCACUUGGGCACUCAGUCAGACCGGCGCCCCCGGAAGGAAUCCCAUUGGGACAACGAUACGCUGGAAUCCAUCAUGGAAAUUAAGAAGCAUCGGUACGAUGGUCAAAUUGACCUUGAACUCAUACACCAUUUAGGAUCAAACCUUCCACUCAUAGUACGCGGUUCAAAGUUAGGAUUACAAGCCUUGAAUGAAGAAGAAAGGCUACGAAGAUUAUACCAAGAAGGCUUAGGAGUCCCCGAAAUCAACAGGCACUUUAAAAUGCUCAUUGAUCGUCUAACACACCGUUAUCCAAGGAUGAGAAUUCUUGAAGUUGGUGCUGGCACUGGAGGAACUACAUCUGUCGCUUUGGAAUGCCUGGAGUCUAAUUUUGAGAACUAUACUUUCACCGAUCUCUCUCCUUCGUUUUUUUCCACCGCUCAAGCUCGAUUCCUACCCUACGAGGGCUUGCUAAGAUACAAGGUUUUGGACAUUGAAAAAUGCCCCGUCGAACAGGGUUUCCGGGAGUGUUCAUACGAUCUCGUCAUUGCUGCUAAUGUGCUCCACGCAACUAGGUCCAUUUCUCAUACCCUCCAGCACUGUCGAAAAUUGCUCCGUCCUGGAGGAUAUUUAGUCCUUCUUGAGCUUACAAACCCGAUGACAUUACGCAUUCCAUUUCUAUUUGCCAGCUUGCCAGGAUGGUGGCUUGGUGGCAAAGAUGGACGAACCAAGGGGCCAACGCUUACAGAAGCACAAUGGGAUACGGCUCUUAGAGAUAACUUCUUCUCGGGGGCAGAUCGCUGCUUCAAAGACUUUAACGAUGGCUCAAUGCAUACUUUCUCCGUUAUAAUGAGUCAAGCAUUAGACUCCCGGGUUAGUGUCUUGAGGGAUCCCCUUCAUCUAGCAAGCGGCGUGGCGCGUAUUCAGAAUUUGCUAAUCAUUAGCGGGCGUACCUUGGUGUUAUCUAAGAUGGCAGCCAGGAUUCAAUCUCUUCUCAGUCCAUUUUUUGAAUAUAUCAAUGCCAUUGACAAUCUAGAAGAGGUACUAGGUGAUAGUUUGGAGUAUGGGACCGCUGUCAUCUGCCUUUCCGGACUAGAGGAGGCAACUUUUAUGCGGAUGGAUCCAAAUCGUGUCUCGGCGAUUCAAAUGUUGUUUCGGAAAUCCAAAUACAUUCUAUGGGCCACAAAAGGGAGCCGCUCAGUUGAUCCAUAUGCCAACAUCAUAGUCGGUAUUGGCCGCUCAGCGUCGAGAGAAAUGGCCCAUCUUCGACUUAAAUUUGUCGAUGUUGAUUACGUCCAUCUUCACAAAAAGCAGCCGGAAGCAGCCAUGUUCUCCGAGAUGCUCUUAGAAAUGAUGAUUCUAGAUCUGCCGGGCUAUAGAGAUAUUCUGUGGAGCAAUGAAUCGGAAGUCGCAGUCGAAGAUGGAGUUAUUCUUACUCCAAGAGUUGUCCAAGACAAGGCCCUAAAUGAACGUUUCAAUGCACAGAGACGUUUAAUUACCAGGAGAGUGUCUAUUAAGUCAACUCCCGUACAGAUAUCUGCUAGUAAUGACAGUAUCGCUAUCGAGGAAGUGGACGACGACUUCCAAGGAGAUACACAGGCCGACUUAUGUCUACUCGAAGUUCUCUCGUCCUCGCUCUUCCGUUUUGUCUGUUCGGAUGGUGGACAGCCUUUCUAUAUUUCUGUGGGCUACCUAGAAAACGCAAAAAACUUAACUUUGACCCUAUCGGAAGCAAAUAGACCUACCGUUAUGGUAACGUCCGACUGUACGAUUCAAUGUGAAGACCAGGCGAACCCUGAUGAACUACUCCCUGUUAUCCUCACCAUCAUUGUAUGCGAAGAUGCAUUAUCAAGUACCAACGGAACGGUCUGGAUUCAUAACGCCGAUAACUUUACGGCUGGGAUUAUCCGAGCGGUAGCCCGUCGCAAGGCUGUACAUAUAUUCUUAACCACCAGUAUGAGCGGAUCUUUGCUUAUAUCCGACGAGGUCGCAACCUAUAUCCAUCCUCGGGCAACCGAGCGAGAACUGAUAUCCUUACUUCCUCAUAACCUUAAGCGAUUCGUGGAUAUGGGGACAGAAACAGACUGUCUCAUUGAAUUUGCAUCCUCUUUUCUUCAGCAUAGAGUAGAAAUCCACCAGGGUCUACACAAUAUCAAUGCGGGGCAAUUUAUUUCCCUGUCGUACAGUCGGUCAGAUCUUACCAAAAUAUUAGAAGAAAGUUGCUGCCCAUCAGAUUUUCCCCGUGGACAUCCGACACAGCAAGUUAGAGUUAGAGCUGAUCUAGCACAUGAGCAAUCAGCAACAGCAUCGGUAACAAGCUUUAUAUCAUGGACUGACGUUCAUUCUGUUCCGAUGAAAUUGAUUCCAGCUUCUGACAAACAACUUUUUGGAGAUCACAAAACAUACUUCCUUAUUGGUCUUACAGGCGAAGUUGGGCUAUCCCUCUGCGAAUGGAUGAUGGGUCACGGUGCGAAAUACUUCGCUCUUGCUAGCCGCAAGCCACUCAUUCCUCCAGAGAUGCUUGCGCAUUUACAAAGGAAGGGCGCCACCAUUCGCGUCUUUUCGCUUGAUAUUGCCGAUAUGGAUAACCUAAGGAAUGUACACGAGUCAAUAGUGUCUUCCAUGCCUCCCAUCGCGGGUGUAGCAAAUGGCGCUCUGGUAGUCCGUGACCAUCCCUUUGAUGCCAUGUCCUUCGAGGACCUUGAGGCGGUUUUCAAACCUAAGGUGAUCGGGACACAGAAUCUCGACGAGUUAUUCUUCUCCGUACCCCUAGAUUUCUUCAUACUUUUCUCGUCCGUUGCAAGCAUCGUCGGUAAACCCGCCCAAUCUAGCUACAAUGCCGCCAAUUUGUUUAUGUCGACUUUGGCUAUUUGCAGGCGUAAACGAGGCUUAGCCGCGUCCGUAAUGCACUUUGGAAUGUUACUUGGGAUUGGCUUUCUACAUGGACAAGCCGGGUCGAAUUUCGAAGCUCGAUUUCGCCAGGACGAUUUGUCAGCUAUUCCGGAGCCAGAAUUUCACGCAAUCUUCGCCCAGGCAAUCCUAUCAGGCCGCCCAGAGUCCGGCCUAGCUCCUGAACUUAUCGCUGGGAUUGGUACCGAGGUAAAUACCCCUUGGCGUGAUAUGCCUAAGUUUAGUCAUUGUCGCAUCAAGGGCGAGGAAAGACACACAGGAGGUCAUUACGAUCGGGAACAACCGACUCAGAACAUACAAACCAAACUUAGAGAGGCUUCGGAGAAGGGCCAGUCAUUGUCUAUUUUAAACUCCACAGUAGCCAAAAGGGUCAGCUUAGCACUUGGUUCCCUCGAUGGGGUCGUAGAUAACCGCGUUGGUCUAAUUAGCAUGGGUCUCGACUCAUUAAUCGCUGUCGAGAUUCGUUCCUGGCUUCUCAAGAUACUGGAUGUGGAUAUACCGGUUUUGAAAUUCUUGAACGGUUCGUCUUUACAUGACAUAUGCCAAAAUAUUCUCGAAAACUUACCGGUCGACCUAAAGCCGUGGGACAAAGACAGGAGCACCGACUAUAGGAAAUCAAAUGAAGAAAUCAACCACAGCGAGCCCAACUCCCCUUCACAGGAUCUUGAUAGAGCCCCACGAUUACCCAACGGAUCGAAUAGCCGCCCGAUCAUAAAGACGACUGCCAUUCAAGUAUCCAAUAUACUACCUCCCGCUCCUCCCUCGACAAUCGCUAUCGCCGAAGCAGAAAGAAAACAGAGCAAGAGAGAUAAGUAUGAGAGAUUCGGCGAUAUGUCUCAUGCUCAAGCACAUCUGUAUUUCUUGCACGAAGUUCUUCAAAGCAAUGCUUAUAACAUAUCUUACUUUGGUCGCUUCCAUGGCCUGCUUGACAUGGAAAGGUUACAACAAGCCCUUCGGAUCGUUGGGAAGCGGCAUGAGGCCCUUAGAAGUGCUUACUUCGUGCACAGUGCCACUUCUCGGCCUAUACAAGCCGUACUCCCAGAGCCAAGAAUCAUAUUAACACACAAGGCGAUCGAGGACGACAAUGAGAUACAAGCCGAGAUAAAUAAAGUCAAGAAAUUCAGAUUCGACAUAGAGAAAGGAGUCAUCAUGAAGGUAACAGUCAUGUCACAUUCAACAACUCUCCAUUUUAUACAGUUCAGUCACCAUCACAUCGCCCUCGACGGAGCGGGUUGGGGAGUAUUCAUCGCUGAACUCGCGAGGGCAUACACGGGACAGUUAACUAGCGUACCAGGACCUAAUAUCCAACAGUCUAUCGAUAUGGCUAAGAGACAAUUGCAAACAUCUACACCUCAAGAUCUUUACGCCGACCUUGCCUUCUGGAAAACCAUCUACACAUAUAUCCCUAAAACACUACCUCUUUUCCCUUUCGCCAAAGUCAAGGCACGUCCGACUUCUAAAGAUUACAGCAUCAAUACGUCAGAUGCUAGGUUACCUAGAAAUAUAACCAAUCUCAUAGAGAGGGCGGCCUCUGAAGCCGGUGUUACGCCGUUCCACUUCUACUUUGCUAGCCUAGCCGUAUUUCUGGCACGAUGCCUUGGUAUUGACGAUGUCGUGAUUGGGGUGGUGGACGCUAAUAGACCGGGGGCGGAGGACUUAGGAACCAUCGGGUAUUUCCUGAAUAUGCUACCCGCGCGUAUCCGACUUAGCCGUUCCGAUUCGUUCGAUGCAGUAGCAAGGAGGUCACGCGACACGAUCCUAGCCUCUUUAGCUCAUUCACGCGCGCCUAUUGAUAUGAUUCUCGAUGAAUUGGCUAUCCCUAAGCCGUCCGACCAUCAUCCUCUAUUCCAGGUCGCUAUAAAUUAUCGCAAAGCACCCUUGAAUGAAACUAGCUUUGGGAGCGACGGAAAAAUCGAGUGGGACGGCGCCGUUCCAGGAGGGAAUCCAUACGACUUACUUCUAAACGUUGCUGCGACAACGGAUUGGACGUUCAUCUCCUUCAUCACGCAGCAAAAUUUAUAUCAUAAAUCUGACGGCGCGCUACUAUUGAAAUGGUAUACGCGUGCCUUAGAAGCCUUGGCUCAAGACCCAUACUCUGAAGUAGGUGACUGCCAAAUUUGCAACGAGACAGACAGGAAGGAGGCCAUAGGGACUGGUUACGGUGGCGAUAUAGAAAUACCGUGGAACGGUACCAUCGUAGACCGCAUCGAUGAAUUAGUAUCCGAACUGCCGGAAGAUAUCGCAAUCAAGGACGACCGGGGCGGGGUUCUCACGUACGCACAAAUGGCAGCCAAGACAGCCGAAAUAGCACAAAUGAUAGGAUCCGUUCAGCCCUCGCUAGCUCGUGGCUCAUAUGUAGCUAUGCUACUUGACCCGAUCGCCGAGACUAUCUGCUGUAUACUCGCCAUCCUGAAGUUGGGUCUGGUAUGGAUUCCCUUGGACACACGGAACCACCAACAACGGCUCCACGCUGUGGUCGAGGAGUGUCAGCCGAGUGUCCUGCUAUACCAUACUGCCACCAAUGAGUUAGCAGAGCAAGUUGUCGCAGGCACGAAAUCAGUAUCCUUAUUCAACAUCGACGAGGCGAGAAAUGCUCCCCAUGUGACCGAAGACAGGAUACACGUCCAUCAAACGCAUAUAAGAGACGACGGCAAUGAAAAGAACCAACCAGCGAUGAUAAUAUAUACGAGUGGAUCUACGGGCGUGCCAAAAGGUAUAGUGCUCACGCAUGGUGGGCUGUUGGGCCAAAUAUAUGGGACGACUGCUACUCUAAAUCUUGGGCGCGAGGUAACAUUGCAACAAAGCCCACUCGGAUUCGAUUUGAUGUUAGACCAGAUAUUCUUGGCAUUAUGCAACGGGGGUACAGUGAUCAUAGUUGGAAAAACCGGGCGGGGUGACCCGACACGGAUGGCCGAGCUCAUGGUCCAACAUGGUGUGACCGUUACACAUUUCGUACCAUCCGAGUACCUCGCGCUACUGAACUAUGGGCACCAUAUUCUCACCAAGACCAAAUCAUGGCACUAUGCGAUGUCAGGGGGAGAAAAUCUGGGCCCAGAAUUGCGCUGGGCUUUCCGCAAGCUAGACUGUAGGACCUUGAAGCUCGUCAAUGUAUAUGGGCCGGCAGAAAUCACAGUGGCUUGCGCUAGAGGUAUUGUCCCAUAUCAGGACCUGGGCGAUACAUACGAUGAUAGUAGCGAUUACCUCCGUCCGUCGCCAAAUUAUGGCAUUGAGAUUACCGAUAAUAAUAUGAAUGUUUUACCUAUCGGAUAUCCUGGCGAAAUAUGCAUCUCAGGGCGAGGCGUUGGUCUUGGAUAUCUCAAACGUCCCGGAGAAUCAAAUCAUAAAUUUAUACAGAGAGAAUCCCCAUCACCAAAUACCCCGGCAAUUAGAAUCUAUCGCUCUGGGGACAUGGGUAGGCUGCUGCCGGACGGCACACUCAAGGUGUUUGGACGAUUAGACGGAGGUAGCCAGGUGAAGAUUCAUGGAUUUCGAGUCGAGCUCGACGAGAUCGCCAAUGCUAUUGUGCAUACUUCCAACGGGGCGAUCGUCAAUGCCGCGGCUUCAUUACGGACCAAUCAACCCCAUGAUGUUCUCAUUGCCUUUGUCGUGUUCGAUAUCGAAUUUGCAGGGGACAAGGUCAGUUUCAUAGAAUGGCUCUAUUCUAACCUUCCCCUGCCACAAAUCAUGAAGCCAGCCUCAAUAAUUCCAACCCACCGAAUACCAGCCUCUGCCAAUGGGAAGACCGAUAGGGUUGCCGUAGAUAAGUUACCUAUUCCAAAUUCCCCGGUGCCCAGGACAACUGAUCAUCCCAUGCGCGCGUUAAGCCCUAUAGAAAGCUCAAUGAAGGAAGUCUGGGAAGAGGUUCUCACGGCCCGAGCGAACUAUUUUUCUGGUCAUAUACCAGAACAAGCAGUCCUACACCCUGGUUCGGAUUUCUUCCAAGUCGGGGGCAGUUCGAUAUUGAUGAUCAAGCUCAAGUCUCUGAUCGAGGUACAAUUCGGAGUGACGAUUUCCAUGCUCGAGCUUUUCCACGCGAGCACUUUAAGCUGCAUGGCCGAUCUCGUUUCAAACGCCAGAGAUACCGCCGAAAAGGCCGAUUCGAGGUCGGCAGCAGUAUCGUUCUUGAGACCUAGAGGAGCCCAACGAACAAUCAACUGGGACCUGGAAAUUGCUGGUUUAACCGAUGGACUACCACAAACUACAAUUACUACCUCACCGUACGAUGCAAGGUCUUUAACUGGAAAUGGGGGUCUCGUGGUCGUCUUAACGGGCGCUACUGGAUUCGUUGGUAGACACCUGCUAUCACGUCUUGUCCAAGAACCAAGAGUUGCACAAGUGCACUGCCUAGCAAUGCGACCAGACGCAUCUGGCAAGCCGCGCCACGUUUCGGUAAAAAGCGACAAGAUCACCGAGUAUGUCGGCGACCUCUCAACCUUCAGCCUUGGCCUCUCGGAUCCCCAAUUUGCAUUCCUAACCGAGUACGCUCACAUCAUAAUCCAUAAUGGCGCCGACGUAUCUCUCCUGAAGACAUACCAGUCCCUGCGCCGUGCAAACGUUGUGUCGACGCGUACGCUCUGUGAAAUGGCCAUUCCACGCCGUCUACCGCUACACUAUGUAUCGACGGCAUCCGUGGCGAAAGUCAUUCAACACAACGACACAGAGCCACUACCUGAGGUUCCUGCAUUGCCGGCCGAUCCCGAUCUAUUGAAUUCGGUUGAUGGUUAUGCAGCCUCAAAAUGGGUUAGCGAGAUGCUUUUGGGGAAAGUAACGGCGGACAACGAGUUACCUACCUACGUCCAUCGCCUGGCACACGUUAUGGGUGAAGAUGCAUCCGAACUUGAUGCUGUAGGUAUGCUAACCAAGUACUCACCGUUGAUUGGCGCGUUGCCGCGGAUCGAGAGGGAGGACGUUACUGGUCAGUGGGAUUUCGUCACAAUAGGGGAUGUGUCGAAGGAUAUAGUAAAAUCCGCAAUUGAGUCUGUGGUUGGAGAUAAGAUUUCUACGCCGCUACGAGAACAGAAAAACAGGGACAUACACUUCAUUAACCACUGCAACCAAGGCAAGGUUACUCACGAAAAACUUUCGGACUUUCUUGAAGACACUUCUGGAAGCCCUUUACGAGAGAUUGCGAUGAAGGAUUGGUUGGAAGCGGCACGCGAAAAGGGUCUUCAUCCGUUGGUGUACGAGUUUUUUAAUGCCUUUAAUGAGGGACGGGGUAAAAUGGUCUUGCCUCUCAUUUCAAGAAGUACCUGAGUUAUCUCAAGUUAUGAGUGGGUUGGGUUUGCAGGGUGUAUUAUCGGGGAAUAUUUCUCGUUUGUGAAUUUGAUGACUUACUCUUUCAUUUAUAUUUAUACACGUAGUUUCGUAGAUACACAGCAUGUGACCUAGUGUGAGAUAUAUGUGAAGUGAAUUGAAUACUGCCAUGGUAAAGCAUUGGCAUCUGGUGCUGCAGAACGAUCAGGAUUUGUUAGAAAGUAUCUAUCCCUUUCCCUACUACCAUCAGCACUGCCCUAUGAAUAGUAGGAGAAAGAUGGUGCCGAACCCCUCAGUCUAGGACGUCACAUAAAGCAUC